AUGGCGGCCAACGUGAAGACCAAUAAGUCCCACGUCAUCUUCAAGAAGGUCUCUCGGGACAAGGCGGUGACUAUCUACCUGGGGAAGAGAGACUAUGUCGACCAUGUCAGCCAAGUAGAGCCUGUAGAUGGUGUUGUGUUGGUGGAUCCCGAGCUGGUGAAGGGAAAGAAAGUGUAUGUCACUCUGACUUGCGCCUUCCGCUAUGGCCAGGAGGACAUUGACGUGAUUGGCCUGACCUUCCGCAGGGACCUGUACUUUUCUCGGGUCCAGGUAUACCCUCCUGUUGGGGCCAUGAGUGCCCCUACCCAACUCCAGGAGAGCCUGCUCAAGAAACUGGGAGACAACACCUACCCAUUUCUGCUCACGUUUCCUGACUACCUGCCCUGUUCAGUGAUGUUGCAGCCGGCUCCACAAGACGUAGGGAAGAGCUGUGGAGUCGACUUUGAGGUCAAAGCAUUUGCCACAGACUCCCCAGAUAGCGACGAGGACAAGAUCCCCAAGAAGAGCUCUGUGCGGCUAUUGAUCCGGAAAGUACAGCAUGCCCCUCCUGAGAUGGGUCCCCAGCCCAGUUCUGAGGCUUCCUGGCAGUUCUUCAUGUCUGACAAGCCCCUGCACCUCUCAGUUUCCCUCAGCAAAGAGAUCUAUUUCCAUGGGGAGCCCAUCCCUGUGACUGUGACAGUGACCAACAACACAGAGAAGACUGUGAAGAAGAUUAAAGUAUUAGUGGAACAAGUAGCCAAUGUGGUUCUCUACUCAAGUGAUUAUUACGUCAAGCCUGUGGCCGCGGAGGAAACACAAGAAAAAGUGGGGCCAAACAGCACUUUGACCAAGACACUGGUGCUGGUGCCCCUGCUGGCUAACAACAGAGAGAGAAGAGGCAUUGCGCUGGAUGGGAAGAUCAAACACGAGGACACAAACCUGGCCUCCAGCACCAUCAUCAAGGAGGGCAUCGAUCGGACAGUCAUGGGUAUCCUGGUGUCAUACCAAAUCAAGGUGAAGCUCACAGUGUCAGGCUUUCUAGGAGAACUCACAUCCAGUGAGGUGGCCACUGAAGUGCCAUUUCGCCUCAUGCACCCACAGCCCGAGGACUCAGCAAAGGAGAGUGUUCAGGAUGAAAACCUGGUUUUUGAGGAGUUUGCUCGCCAAAACCUGAAAGAUGUUGGAGAAAACACAGAAAAGAAGAAAGAUGAGGAGGCGGGCCAGGAUGAGUGAAGAGUUAGCCUAGAUGCCUGGGAAUGGCUUAUAGAGCUGGGUGUCUUGAGCGAAGUCCCCAGUAACCUUUCAGAGUUACACUAGACAUGAAAGCAUGCGUGUUCUCCCAGAAUAAAG